AUGCUAGUUUCUGAUGUACCAUGUAGUUUUCUAAAAGAACUUGUUGAAGAAUAUCCUAAGGAUAUAAAGUCUUACGAAGAGUGGUUUUCAUUCCUCAAUAGAAUGGAAGUAAGAGUUAGGUCAGUGAGUUCGGAAAAACCGGUAGUCACUCUUUUGAGAAUAUAUGAGUGUGCCCUGAAUUGUUUAGAUGCGGAUUGGACGAACCGAAUUUACGUCAUAAUUUUCUACCGAAGAGCCGUGCUAGCGUCACAUGAGUAA